AUGGCUGCGCUGCGGAGGCUCUUGUGGCCGCCGCCUCGGCUGCCGCCUCCGCUGUCGGCUCACCAGCCCUUCCUAGGGCCGUGGGGGCGGCCUGCGGGGACAGCCCCGGGCCUUCCUGGGCGGCCCUUCUCCUGCCGGGAGGAUGAGGAGCGAGCUGUGGCCGAGGCGGCUUGGAGGCGGCGGCGGCGCUGGGGCGAGCUGAGCAUCGCGGCGGCGGCCGGCGGGGGUCUCGUCGGCCUCGUGUGCUACCAGCUGUACGGGGAGCCCAGGACCGACCCACCUGCGCCCGGACGUCCCUCAGAGAGCGCGGCCGCAGAGCCCGAGGAGCCACCCCGCGGCCGGGGGCUGCUUCCCAUCCCGGUCGCGGCUGCCAAGGAGACCGUUGCUGUUGGGAGAACAGACAUUGAAGACUUAGACCUCUAUGCUACAUCUCGGGAGAGGCGAUUUCGUUUAUUUGCUUCUAUAGAAUGUGAAGGACAGUUAUUCAUGACUCCAUAUGAUUUUAUUCUGGCUGUUACAAUGGAUGAGCCCAAAUUUGCUAAAACAUGGAAGUCACUUUCCAAACAGAUUGCCAUUCAGAUCUUAGGGUGGGAUGAUAGGAUAAGGAAAAUUCAAAGCUCAGAAGGAUCAGAGCCACACGCAGGUUUUAGAAUAGCUUUCAACAUGUUUGACACUGAUGGCAAUGAGAUGGUGGAUAAAAAAGAGUUUUUGGUGCUUCAAGAGAUAUUCAGGAAAAAAAAUGAAAAGAGAGAAACUAAAGGAGAUGAAGAAAAGCGUGCAUUGCUGCGUCUUCAACUUUAUGGAUACCAUUCUCCUACUAAUAGUGUACUUAAAACAGAUGCUGAGGAACUUGUCUCCAGAAGCUAUUGGGAUACACUGAGACGUAACACGAGCCAAGCACUCUUUUCAGACCUCGCAGAGCGUGCUGAUGACAUCACAAGUUUAGUAACUGAUACUACACUUCUUGUACACUUUUUUGGAAAGAAAGGAAAAGCUGAGCUCAACUUUGAAGAUUUUUAUAAGUUCAUGGAUAACCUCCAAACAGAAGUUCUAGAAAUAGAAUUCCUUUCCUACUCAAAUGGAAUGAAUACUAUCAGUGAAGAAGAUUUUGCUCAUAUUCUUUUACGAUAUACAAACGUGGAAAAUACAUCAGUAUUUUUGGAAAAUGUGCGUUACAGUAUACCUGAAGAAAAGGGCAUCACAUUUGAUGAAUUCAGGUCAUUUUUCCAGUUUCUUAACAACCUAGAAGACUUUGCAAUAGCCCUGAAUAUGUAUAACUUUGCAAGUCGUUCUAUAGGACAAGAUGAAUUUAAACGUGCCGUCUAUGUAGCUACUGGACUCAAACUUUCACCACAUUUAGUGAACACUGUCUUCAAGAUUUUCGAUGUUGACAAAGAUGAUCAAUUAAGUUAUAAAGAAUUUAUUGGAAUUAUGAAAGACAGACUCCAUAGAGGAUUCCGGCGAAUGACCUGUGUUUCUAGCUCCGGUGGGUUCUGGAUUCGCGACCCCAAAGCCUUCUUCCUCCCUCCUCAGCCCCUCCCACGCAGAAGACGGCUCGCGCCCCCCUCAGUGGCGCGCGUCUGUUCCCCGCAAAUCCGCGUAGUAGAGCCGGCCGCUCCGGGCGCGGCGCGCUCGCUUCCUCGGGGCUGGGUAGCCGGCCUCGCCCGCCCCGCCCGGGACCCACAAGUUGAAGCGACAGUUUCCCAAGCGGGAUGCGGGGACGCUGGCCUCGGCGCCCGAAGACUUUCUAGCGGCGCAUUAGCGGGGUGCGCGGCGCGCGCCCGCCCUCCCGGCCCGGGGCAGCCCUCCGCGCGGGGCGGGCGCCUCGGAGCAGCCCUGCAGCCCCCGCCUCCUCCGGUUCACCCGGAAUCCGGGGUCAAACCCGCAGGCGGCCGGGCCCAGGUGGGCGCCUUCACUCCCACGCCGAGGUGCCCGCAGCGAGGGGCGCAAGGGUCGGGACGGGCCCCCGGGGCGCGGCGGAGGCCGCCGGAGUCCCCAGAAAGCCCGCCCGAGGGCGCAGCCGGCCACGCCGUGGGACGGGGCGGGGGCGGAGCAGAGCCUCCCGCCGCCUCCUCACCGUCGCCUCCUCCUCCUCCUCCUCCUCCUCGUCGUCCUCCUCUCGCAGCCACCGCCUCCGCCGGGCUGAGGAGCGCGGAGUCCGCGGCGCCGGCUCGGGGCUGCGGGAUGGGGAGUUAG